AUGUUCGUCAACGUAAUUGUCUCUCUCUCGGGACAGGCGUGUGGUGUUCGGUUGUCAGAGUCUGCUAAUAUCUAUCUAUCUAUCUAUCUAUCUAUCUAUCUAUCUAUCUAUAAAAAGCUGCUAAUAUCUAUCUAUCUAUCUAUCUAUCUAUCUAUAUAUCUAUCUAUCUAUCUAUCACAAUCUUUUCAUAUUUAUCAGGAUAUCUAUCUAUCUAUCUAUCUAUCUAUCUAUCUAUCUAUCUAUCUAUCUAUGUCAGGCUCUUCAUAUCUGUCUCAGUGUCUUCUUUCUAUCUAUCUAUCUAUCUAUCUAUCUAUCUAUCUAUCUAUCUAUCUCAGCCUAUUCAUAUCUAUUUAUGUAUCCUCUUCAUAUCUAUCUAUCUAUCUAUCUAUGUAUCUAUCUACCUAUCAGCCUAUUCAUAUCUAUGUUCAUUUCUAUCUAUCUAGCUACUUAGCUAUCAUUCUGUUUCUAUCUAUCUAUCUAUCUAUCUAUCUGACAAUCACAAUCAUUUUUGUCUAUCUAUUUCUAAGCGCCUUCGCAAAUAAACCUCUCCCUCUCUCUCUCUCUCUCUGUGUUCAUAUCUAUCUAUCAAAUCUAUCUAUCUAUCUAUCUAUCUAUCUAAGCAUUUCCAUAUCUAUCACUUUGCAUCUAUCUAUCUUAGCCUUUUCAUAUCUAUCUAUCUAUCUAUCUAUCUAUCUAUCUAUCUAUCUAUCUAUCUAUCACUUCACAUCUAUCCAAGCCUUUUUUUUAUAUCUAUCUAUCUAUCUAUCUAUCUAUCUAUCUAUCUAUCUAUCUAUCUAUUUAUCUCAGUGUGUUCAUAUCUAUCUAUCUAUCUAUCUAUCUAUCUAUCUAUCUAUCUAUCUAUCUAUCUAUCUAUCUCAGUGUGAUCAUAUCUAUCUAUCUAUCUUAGCCAAGGGCAAAAUCACAAGCUUUUCUUUUGCUCUUUGA